AUGGCGCAAAAUGAAAGUGACAGUGAACAUAGUGAACACGAAGAAUUGUAUGAAGAAAGUACAACUACUAAUCAGUCUAAAGGUCACCCUAAAAGUUUCGUCUGGGACUACUUUGACAAGGAUAAUAAUGGUAUAACUGCGAUCUGUAAAGUUAUAUUGGAUAAUGGAAAGAAAUGUGGUGUCUCAUAUAAUGACGGCUCAACAACUUCAAAUUUGAUUAACCAUCUCACUCGUCAGCAUAGGAUAUUGAAAAAUAAUUCUUGCCGAUCUAUUAAAAAUCAAUUUAAUAGAACUGAGGAUGAUAAAGAACAAUUAACAAGCUUAAUAGAAAAGAAGAGUGUUGCCAUGUUUAUGAUGAUAGAUUUUUGGACAAGUCGUCAUAACCAGGAAUAUAUUGGAAUCACAUGUACUUGGAUUUCUGAUUCUUGGGAAUUCAAAGAAGCACUACUUGUUUUACAACAUGUUCUAUACCCCCAUACAGGUGAAGUUAUUGCUCAACUGUUGGAUAAUGAAAGACUUCUUUAUUUAAAAAGAGCGAUAGUAUACCUUCCAUCACGGCUUCAAUCAGAUAAAAACGAAUUGAAUGAUAUAUUGUGUGGUUUUGAAGAAAUAACAACGUUACUAAGUAGAAAUACUUAUGUAACAAUUUCUUUGAUAUAUCUAGCUAUUUCAACAUUAGUGAAAACUUUAAAAAUAUUAUUACAACAAUCUUAUAUUGAAUCAGCUUCAACAGAUAUAGGUAAAUUAACAAUUCUCGAUUCUGUAGAAGAAAUUAUCGAUGAUACGAAAGACAUUGUUAAGAUUAAAGAA